GCUUGGUCAAUUUCUUGAGAGCGAAUGCGGGGAAAAGAAACAUUUUUUGUGGUAGGCGUAGCUUUCAGUUGUAGGUAGACGGACUGGGACAUCAUGACUAAGGCGCCUGUCUUCCGGUGUUUGGGCAGGUGAGGUGAGAGCCGGAUCCGAGUAAGGACCCUUCCUUUCCUUUCGUUAGGUUCUGAAGUGAGUGAUACAUUAUAAAAAGCUGACGACAACCUCCCUCCCUUCUCUCCCCUCCUCUUCCGUAUCUCCCAUCUGUGUGACAUCCUCAUACCUGCAAAGCUUCUACCUUAGCUUGACAAGAGCAUACCACAGUUCCAAUUCACACCUUGCCUUACGGUCGAAGCAUUCUAUAAAACAUUCACACUCUUCAUCAAUUGCAAUUCUUAGUCAUGUCGGCUUUCCGCGCUGGCAUGGCCGCCCGGCCUGCUGUCCAAGCUGCCCGAGCUGCACCUUGCCGAUCUUUCGCUACUUCGCGCAGCAUGCGCAUGGCUGCUGUCUCUGAGAAGACCUUCUUCGCUGGCGAGCCAGAGGCCCCUACGGUCAAGACAGCUAUUCCUGGCCCCAAGACCAAGAGUCAUAUGGAUGAGCUCACCAAGGUCUUUGAUACUCGGAGCGCAAACAUGCUUGUCGACUAUACCAAGAGCAAGGGCAACUACAUUGCCGACCCCGAUGGCAACGUGCUUCUCGAUGUCUUUGCCCAGAUUGCUUCAAUUGCAGUCGGCUAUAACAACCCUGCCCUUCUCAAUGCCGCCUCCAGCCCUGAGAUGGUAAACGCCAUUGUCAACCGACCUGCCCUCGGAGCCUUCCCCUCUCAUGACUGGGCCGAUCUUCUCAAGUCCAGUCUUCUUACUGUUGCCCCCAAGGGUCUGGAUAAUGUCUUCACUGCCAUGGCUGGCUCGGAUGCGAACGAGACUGCCUACAAGGCCGCCUUUAUGUGGCGCCGACAGCAGGAGCGUGGUGGCCCUGAGGUUGAUUUCAGCACCAAGGAACUUGACAGCGCUAUGGAUAACCACGCCCCCGGAAGCCCUGAUCUUUCUAUUCUUUCUUUCAAGACCGGCUUCCACGGUCGUCUCUUUGGAUCGCUUUCUACUACCCGCUCCAAGGCUAUCCACAAGGUCGACAUCCCUGCUUUCGACUGGCCUCAAGCGACUUUCCCCAAGCUCAAAUAUCCUCUCGAGGAGAACGUGGAGGAGAACAAGAAGAUCGAGCAAGCCAGUCUCGAUGAGGUCGAGCACCUUAUCAAGAACUGGCACCUACCUCCUUGCGCCGUUGUCGUCGAGCCAGUCCAGAGUGAAGGCGGUGACAAUCACGCCUCGCCCGACUUCUUCCGCAAGCUGCGAGCCCUGACCAAGAAGCAUAACAUUCUGCUUAUUGUCGACGAAGUCCAGACUGGCAUCGGCGCUACUGGCAAGUUCUGGGCUCAUGAGCACUGGAACCUCGAGACACCCCCUGAUAUCGUGACCUUCUCCAAGAAGGCUCAAGCUGCCGGUUUCUACUAUGGCGACCCUGCUAUCCGCCCCAACAAGCCUUACAGACAGUUCAAUACAUGGAUGGGUGACCCUGCUCGUGCCAUCCUCUUCAAAGCCAUUGUCGAUGAAAUCAACAAGAACGACCUCGUCAACCACACCGCACGAGUUGGUGAUCGCCUCUUCAAGGACCUCGAGUCUCUUAGCAAGAAAUACCCCGGUCAGAUCGAGAACCUGCGUGGCAAGGGUCAAGGUACAUUCAUUGCCUUCGACAGCCCCAAGCGUGACCAGUUCCUAGGAGAGGCCAAGAAACUGGGUGUGAACAUCGGUGGCAGUGGCGCCAGCGCCGUUCGUCUGCGACCUAUGCUCAUCUUCCAGCAGAAGCACGCUGAUAUCCUUGUGGACACAAUUGAGAAGAUUGUUAAGCAGUAAAAGGGGGUAUAAGAGGAAUAUCAAAAUGACCAUUUAAGGACAGUGGAGUUUGGGAUUAUCUGAAUAAAUCAGGAAAUGUUUUUAGCGAAGACCUAGGAGAUCCAGAUAUUUAUUUUGUCUCGAAGCCGAAAUCUGGAAUGGACUGGGCACAUUUGAUUGGGUGUUGUGAAGCCAAGGAUAAUGAGGGUUAAUACAAUCAACAUAAGCGUCUUGCUCUUUUUCAUGCACUUGCAUCUGUCUGAG